AUGACAACACAAACCAAAACCGCUGAGUCCUCCUCCUCCCCUCCAUCCAUCGCGAUCCCGGAUCGACGACGCAAUUCUAUCGGAGAACACUUGCAUAGUCCCAAUGAAACUUGGCGGCCUAGUGCGACGAGACGGCAGAGUUGGGAUCGGGAGGCCUUGAAGAGGGAGGUUUAUGUUAAGCAGAUGGGUCCUGGUGGUGGGAAGGGGGAUGGGAUGGGGUUUACGGAGAUUGAUGAGGAGAAGUAG